UCUGUUAUUUAUUGCCUAGUUACGUUUGUUUGUUUUUGUUUGCUGCAAUUUUACAUUAAAGUAAAUCAAGCAAUAGCCAGGCAAUGGGUGCUUCCAACCGCAGCACUCGAGUCGCCCUAGGCAUAUCCACAGUCUCAUUUCUACUUUUUGUUAUUGCCUUUGCUACGCCCUAUUGGCUGGUGACCGAUGGGCGUCUGGAAAAUCCACGCUUCACGAACCUGGGCCUGUGGGAGGUGUGCUUCAACCACUUCCAGGACAUACAUCGAUUCUACGACACCGACUUUACUGGCUGCAUGUGGGUCUUCGAGGAGGAAUACUAUAUAAUACACGAUUUCCUACUGCCUGGAUUCUAUAUCGCUGUUCAGCUCUUCGCCACGCUCUGCUUUGUGAUGUGCCUGCUGGCCCUGCCCUUGACGUUGUCGUUCCUGCGCACAUCUCGCGACGACGAUCGCUACGUGGUGUUGCUGCUGACCAUCGGCACCUGCCAGGUAUUGGCAUCCAUAUUCGGUUUCAUUGCUGUGGUUAUAUUUGGAGCCAAGGGCGAUUCGCGAGAUUGGAUGCCUGGCUGGCAACACAACGAUAUGGGCUGGUCCUUUGCCCUGGCCGUAGUUGGAGGCGUCAUGCUGUUGCCCGCAGGCAUACUCUAUCUAGUGGAAGCACGCCGCGAGCGCUACAAGCGCCUCAACGAGAUCAGCAACCGGGAAAUAAGCGAAUACGGCGAUGACUACUAUCAGAGUCAGGCAGCAGCUGCAAUCUCGGCCGCCCCACCUUCGGCGCCCGCGCAGCCUUCAUAUUUUGCUCCAGAGCCCAGUCGUCCGCGUCGCCCACAGCCAGGAGCACGUCUGCCCACAGCACCAGCCCAAGGCAGCAUCCAAACGGACAUCUAAGUGCACAAGAAUUGUAACCACAAAUACGUCCAUAAAUGAGGUCUACUUCGAAUCUCCGAACGAAUAGUAUAUAACAUAUCCGUCCAAUCGUAAAAGCAAAUCUCUAAGCACCAUUUGCGCCUUCAUUGUCUUUAGUCUAAGUCUAAUUUGCCUCGAAUAUAUAGUAUA